AUGGUCGCCAUCACCAUCCCAGCUACCCUUUACGUUGAUCGAUGGGGGCGCCGUACAUCUGGUCUUGUUGGCGGUAUCAUACUUUCUUCGUCGAUGUUCAUGAUCGGCGCACUAUAUCUUUCGGAUUCUGUCCAUUCCUAUGGGAUUGUACGCUGGGUCGUCGUCGUUUUAAUUUUUGUAUUUGCGCUGACGUAUUGUGCGACAUGGGCGGUCAUGGGAAAGAUUUAUGCUAGCGAGAUUCAACCCAUGAAGACUAGAAAUGAGGCGAAUAGUUUGGCUCAGGGGGCGAGUUUCUUCGCAAAUUGGUUGGUGGAAUUCUUGACACCGAUCUUUCUGGCGCAUUCUAGUUAUGGUGCUUAUUUCAUGUUUGGAGGCUUCUCAUUGCUGGCCGUUUUUGUAAUGGCUAUCUGGAUGCCAGAGACGCGAUUGAGGUCUCUAGAGGAUAUCCAAGCUGGGUUCCAAAGACUUAUAACGAAGAGUGACAAUGAUGAUGAGAAUGCUGACAGAAAGAUGAAUGGCAAGAUGAGGUUGAGGAGGCUACUGAAGGGACCGAUCUUGGUAGGAUUGGAGACACAGACGGAAGGCGUGGCAUCAGGAAGCGGAAGCGAUGCUAGUGGUCUAGGGCCGAUGAGGAUUAAGCUGAGUAGUGUUUAA